CAUAAAAAGGCAUUCUCUGUGAUUAAAAUUGUGUUUUGGCAAGAACGGUCCUGCGUUCCGCAAUCUCUUUUCAAAAUCUUCCCGGUGAAAUGUUUUAAAAUAUUUAUCUACCAUCGCCCUCCUCGCUAGCGCAGCACAAUGUCCCAGGAAAGCGCGAUCGUGUUCACCAUUUUUUACGCGCUGCUCUGCUUCUGCAUCGUGUACCCCUCGACGGAGUUUGUGUCCGCCGGGCUGACCGUGGACCAUGUCUUCUCCUCCACGCUGGGCUCCGAGUCGCUGCAGUUCGUGCAGCACCACAUCCGGCGGACGAGUUUGAAUUUGAUGGUGCACUCGCUGCUGCCCGUCAUGUACAUCCGGGUUUACUUUAUGCAGUUUGGGGAUGAUGGUGGAGAUGGGGGUGGAAUUGGGGAACUUCCGGUGGUGGCCAUAGCUUGGAAGGUGUUUAUUGGGGCGGCGAUUGCGCUGCCGGGGUUGGUCGCGGGUGCGAUUUACUGGUGGUCACGGGACGGGUGGCAGAACCAUCCGAUUGCGAAGAGAUUGGGCCGGUUUUGCGAUGGGGAGAGAUUGCGGGAUUGGCGGGCGGUGGCCACCAGUAUUAAUGACGAGUUUAGGAGGGACAGUAGGGUGGUAAUUAGGAUGAAUCCGUUGUCGCGGAUUGUGGUUACGGAGAGCUGGAUUGUGAAGACUGGUCCGUACUGGAUAAAUGUGGCCGGACAGGAGGACACGGCGUUGGUGGCGUUCAAGAGUGACACUCACGACGUCAGCCAGGAGGCCUUCGAGACGGUGCAGUACGUGAACAUUGCCGUCAAGUCGACGCGACCCGGGAUUCGAGAGUUCAACAUCCGGAUCAACGCGCUCGACUUUAAGGAUCUUCAGGAUCGCAUCAACCGGCCAAUCACGAUUCUGUCCAGCGUCAAGUUCCACCGGACCGUGCUGGAUCGGUUCGUGGACGUGUUCAAGGAGCAGGUCGGCCAGAAUCCACGCUAUCGCGGUGCGGAGGCCGUUGAUCAGCAGGACAGUUGCUUCGCGUGCAUGCAGGUUCAGCCGAACGUGAAGAUCGUCAAGAACUGUGCCGAUCUGAACGAGGACGGAGAACCGUUGGCGGAGGCGCGCUGUUGUCAACCGUGCAACUGCCGGCCAAUGUGGUGCAUCGACUGCGUGGCCAGGUGGUUCGCCUCGCGUCAGAACCAAUCCGAGCGGGAGUCGUGGCUGCAGCAAAAGUGCACCUGUCCGAUGUGCCGGGCGCGGUUCUGCGUGCUGGACGUGUGCUUCAUCGAGGCGGCGCGGUGAGAUUUCUGACAAAUUUUAAUUUUCUUGACGUAAUAAAGAUUAAAACAAACCAUUUUUAAAUCACAAA